AUCAAUUAAUCAUAGUCAAAUAAUUUUCCAAACUUUAUUGUUAAAAGAUUUGCUUGUCUCACAUUUCUCUUAUGCAUUUAAUUAUUUUCAUGAAAGAAGAUUUAUUAUUUCACUAGACAAAAACCCCACCAAAUCUAACCCCUUAUUAUUCCUUUUCUUCUUCCUCCAUACUUCUCUGUUCUUAUAAUUCCUUUUUUUAUUCUACAUUUUUUUUGUUCUUUGUAUUCAUCUCUAUUGAUUUUUCUUAGCAGGUUGUCGCACACCUUUAGAAGUCAAAUUUUUCCAUAUUUUUUUUGGGAAUAAAUUUUUUCAUAUUUUUUAUUUGUCCUUCUUCUGUGGAUCUCAGUCACACUUUCUUCUCUCUCUUAUCAACUCUGCUCCUACUCUUUUUUUUUCUUUUUUUUCUUUUUUUCUUUUUUUUUUCUUGUAAUUUGAUGCUCAUUUCUCAAUUUUAGGUUAUGGGUAAAUGUUUUUCACAUAAAAACAAUUGGGUUUUUCUUAAAAUGGGAAUUAGAAGUAGGCAAGUGUGGUAAUUUGAAUUUCAGUUCAUCAAUGCAGAGGAAGAAGAACUGGAGGUUGUUACUUGUUCCUUUCAAAACUUUUCUUGAAAAUAAAAGUGCAAAUAUUAAUAUAUAAGAUCUCAAUUUUCCUUUAAAGCUUCUUCCAUUUUAUUUUUAUUUUCUUAGUUGGAAAUUCAAUUUUUAUUAAAUUUAUUUUGUUUCUAUAAUUCUCUUGAAUAAUUUGAUUAAAUUGUGACUUGUGAGUGCUUAUUAUACCCUUUUCCUCCUUAUUUCUUUGAAUUUUGGUUGAUUGCAAAUUUUAAAUUCACUAAUAUAGUAGAAGUAUAUGUAUUUUAUUUAUAGUAAAUAUUAAAUAUUAAUAUAUUUUUGUAAUAUAAAAAAAUUCCUUUGUGGGGUGUAGAAUAUGCCUCAAGACAAAAGAAGAUCAAUUAGUUAUAGAUCAUUUGUCACAUGUGAUGAUCCAAAAGGAGUUGAAUGUGGGGUGAUUAGAAAAUCAAAGAUGAAUUCUCAAAAAAAGGAGCAAAAUAUAAGUAAGAUUGUAGCUGAAACAAUUAAGGAAGGGAAACAGAAAAAGGAAAUGAAAAUCACAAGAGGGAUAGAAUCAACCACACCAGUAACUUUUCAGCUACUUGAGGUGUCUAAAGAUGCCCAAAAGUUGAAUCAUGUGAUCAACUCUUGGGCUAGUGAGAAUAAGUUUAAGGGUAACCCUAAUAAAAAUAAUAAUAUUGCAAAAGAUUUGUUAAAAGGAGAUCUUGAUCUUCAAGAAUCUUUAGUUAUGCUGGGAAAAUUGCAAGAAAAACAGAGUUAUGUUUUGGGAUUAUCGCGAAAAGAGCGACAAAAACUCGAGGAUUGCACGUUCGAUGGAAUGGUUAGUGAGGUGAAGGGAUUUGAGAGGUCUCCAAUUGGUAGGUGUUCUAGGAGUUCAUUUGAUGAGAUGAGGAAUGUUGUUCGAGAAAGUCUUCUUAGGCUAAAUGUGAUGAUAACAAAUCCUAUUUUUGAGGCGAAUCGUUAUCAUUGUGAUCUUAGAAAGAUGGAUUCCCCUGAUAUGAUGCCUUCGACUAGUUCAAGUCGAUCAUCGAUGGUUUCUUCGAGUAAUUUUGUUCCCUCGGAUUCUUCUGUCUCCUCUUCAAUAGUCUCUCGAAAGAAGAAAGGAAAGGACUCGAAUUUGAUAGUUAAGCUUAUGGGGUUAGAGUCAUUCCCUUCGAGUCCUAGGAAAUCUGUGCUUAAAGAGAAAUUUGUGAAUUUGGAAAAGCCGAUGUAUGAGAAUGAAUCGCCUAGAGCAAAGAGGGUGCAAUUCGGAGUUCAAGGUGGAGGUAUGAAGCAAAGAAGUGUGCAAGAAAUACUUGAGAACUUGAAAUUCAAAGGGGUUGUAAGAAAUGGUUUUGCAAAUGGUUUAACUUCACAAGAGUCUAAUGUUUUUGCCCCGAAAAAUGAAAGAACGCCUAUUGUCGUUAUGAAACCUAUGCAAUAUCCGUGCUUAGAUCUGCCUACGAUGUGGAAUGAAACUGAUAUGAAACCGAGAUAUGAUGUAGGAGGACGAGUCGAUGGUGAAGAAAAAGGCAAGUCCUCGAAAAAGAUUGCAUCGACUAAGGUUAAAGAUUCGGGAAAUUUACAUCUAAAACCACUUAAGAAGCAAGAAGUCACAAAAGGUAGUAAAAGAGAAAAGGUGAUCACUUCAACUAGAAGGAAAGGUGAAGAGAAGAAGGAAGCAAAGUUAAAUGAUCAGGAAAAGUGUGUCUCAGAAAAGAGUAAAAGGAAAAAAGAUGGCAAACCCAUCACCAAAAACCCGAUUUCUACUCUACAAAAAACGAAUUUUACCUCCGUGCCAGAUCCUGGCAGGAAACGAGGAACAAUGGAACGAAAGAAAAACAGGCAACAAGCUUUAGUUUUGGAGGAAAAGCGGAUUUGCAAAAGUGAAAUCAAGGAAACGAAAGCGUUCAUUACAGAGGAUAAUGAGUCAAGGGAUGACAGUAAGUCGAGUUUUCCUGCAGUCGACGGCAUAAGUGUCGAUAACAAUGAACAAGGCCAAAUUCAGAUCAAAGAAAGUGGCAAACAGAUCAAGUUAGAACCCCAAGAAGGCGUUUCAUACAAUCUCUCGACUGAUGACAAGAUUGCGCACAAUGACGACAAUCAUAGUGAAUAUUCCGAAAUAACAUCAGAAUCGACAAGAAAAUGUUGCAGUGUAGAUCAGCUCGGUGAGACUCAGAGCCCUCUUAAUGAAGUUACCUUAAGUACUACACAUGAAAAUGGAAUUGCAGUUCAACAUGAUACAAAUCACGAGGAAACUAAAACCCUUAAAAGUGGUAUUGAAUCGCCUAGAAAAACCGAAGAUGAGACCUUGAUACAAUGUUUUAGUCCAAGAACAAAGCUAAAAUCUUUGCUUUUGAGCAACUCAUUGUUUGUGAGCCAUGUGGAAGAGCUUUUUAGCAUCCACUAUAAUCCCGAUUUAGUUCCAUGUGUGAAGGAUGACGAUCAAGAUCUAGAAAGUUCUCGAUUACUAAUAGAUUGCGCGAAAGAAAUCUUGGAACUUAAACACCAGCAACGGUCGCAAGCAUGUCUACCACUUCCACCGAACUACACAAUACAGUCGCGAAGCUCUAUGUCCUUGGAUCGUCUCCUGGAGGAAGUAUACUACGGGAUUGAUGAGUUGGGAGACUAUUUGAGGCCGAUGAGCGAUGAUUUCCCCUCCGACAAUCUGUAUAGUUUGCUUGAUCGAGAUUUGAGAUAUAAUAGUGGAGUUUGGGGAGUCGGAUGGAGGAGUAUGUACACACAAGACGAAGUUGAGGGAGUUAUAGGUGAGGUUGGUAGGUUUGUGUUAAGCAAAUUGAUUGAAGAAGUUGUUGUAGAUUUCAUGCUGUAAUUCAUCCUACAUUUUGAUUUUGUCCUUCAGAUUGCUUUUGUAAAUUUUAUGAGAUACAUUAGAAAGAAAAGUAUGAAUAAGCAUCAUAUAUUCAUAUUGAUGAUAUAA